CAGCAGAGGCGGGAGAAGGAGCUGCGGAAGCAGCAGGAGCGGGAGCAGCGGCGGCACUAUGAGGAGCAGAUGCGGCGGGAGGAGGAGCGGCGACGUGCAGAGCACGAGCAGGAGUACAUCAGGCGACAGUUAGAGGAGGAGCAGAGACAGUUAGAGAUUCUGCAGCAGCAGUUGUUGCAGGAGCAAGCGCUACUUCUGGAGUACAAGCGCAAGCAGCUGGAGGAGCAGCGGCAGGCAGAGCGGCUGCAGCGCCAGCUCCAGCAGGAGCGGGACUACCUGGUGUCCCUGCAGCAGCAGCAGCAGCAGCAGCGGCAGGACCAGAGGCCAGCAGAGAAGAAACCCCUCUACCAUUACAAAGAAGGGAUAAAUGCCAGCGAGAAGCCAGCAUGGGCCAAGGAGGUGGAGGAGCGCUCCCGGCUCAAUCGCCAGAGCUCGCCGGCCAUGCCCCAUAAAGUGGCCAACAGGAUUUCUGACCCCAACCUGCCUCCUCGGUCGGAGUCUUUCAGCAUCAGCGGUGUGCAGCCAGCCCGGACCCCACCCCUGCUCCGACCCGUGGACCCGCAGAUUCCACAUCUGGUCACUGUGAAAUCCCAAGGAAGCUCCUUGUCUGGGUCUCAGUCACUGCAUGAACAGCCUGCAAAGGGACUGGCUGGGUUUCAGGAGGCUCUGACGGUGACCUCUCACCGCACUGAGAUGCCAAGGCAGAACUCGGACCCCACCUCAGAAAACCCUCCUCUGCCCCCUCGCAUUGAAAAGUUUGACCGAAGUUCUUGGUUACGGCAGGAGGAAGACAUUCCACCAAAGGUGCCUCAACGAACCACUUCCAUAUCCCCUGCUCUGGCGAGGAAGAACUCCCCGGGCAAUGGCAGCGCCCUGGGGCCCCGGCUGGGCUCCCAGCCCAUUCGGGCAAGCAACCCGGACCUGAGGAGGACAGAGCCCAUCGUGGAGAGCCCGCUGCAGAGGACCAGCAGUGGCAGCUCCUCCAGCUCCAGCACUCCCAGCUCCCAGCCCAGCUCCCAGGGUGGGUCCCAGCCCGGCUCCCAGGCUGGCUCCAGUGAGCGCAACAGAGUCAGAGGGAACGCCAAGCCUGAGGGGUCCCCUGUGCUCUCCCAUGAGCCUGCCAAGGUAAAGCAGGAAGACAACAGGGACGUGACACGACCGAGCCGACCCGCUAGCUAUAAGAAAGCUAUAGAUGAGGAUCUGACGGCCUUAGCCAAAGAGUUGAGGGAGCUGCGCAUUGAAGAAACCAAUCGCCCCCUGAAGAAGGUGACAGACUACUCCUCCUCCAGCGAGGAGUCAGAAAGCAGCGAGGAGGAGGAGGAGGACGGGGAGAACGAGACACACGAUGGGACCGUGCCUGUCAGUGACAUCCCACGACUUAUACCAACAGGAAUUCCUGGAAGCAAUGAGCCGUACAACCUGGGAAUGGUGACAACCCACGGGCUGGAGACUUCCCAUGCAGAUACGUUUAGCAAUAUUUCAAGGGAAGGGACUUUAAUGGUGAGGGAGACCUCUGGUGAAAAAAAACGUUCUGGCCACGCAGCCAGCAAUGGCUUUGCAGGGCACAUCAAUCUCCCUGACCUGGUGCAGCAAAGCCACUCGCCUGCGGGCACGCCGACCGAGGCCCUGGGGCGAGGCUCCACGCAUGCGCAGGACAUGGACUCGGUGCCUGAAUAUGGUAUGGGAAGUAGCACCAAAGCCUCUUUUACCCCCUUUGUGGACACCAGAGUGUAUCAGACCUCGCCUACUGAUGAAGAUGAAGAUGAGGACGAAGAGUCAUCUGCUACUGCCCUCUUCACUAGCGAGCUGCUCAGACAGGAGCAGGCCAAGCUGAACGAAGCCCGGAAGAUCUCGGUGGUGAACGUCAACCCCACCAACAUUCGUCCCCACAGCGACACCCCAGAGAUCCGGAAAUACAAGAAGCGCUUUAACUCAGAGAUACUCUGUGCUGCUUUAUGGGGUGUGAAUCUGCUGGUGGGCACAGAAAAUGGCCUGAUGCUGCUGGAUCGAAGCGGGCAAGGGAAAGUCUACAACCUCAUCAACAGACGGCGAUUUCAACAGAUGGACGUACUCGAGGGCCUUAAUGUCCUCGUGACAAUAUCAGGAAAGAAGAACAAGCUGCGUGUGUACUAUCUCUCCUGGCUGAGAAACAGAAUUUUACACAAUGACCCUGAAGUGGAGAAGAAGCAGGGCUGGAUCACGGUCGGGGACCUGGAGGGAUGUAUCCACUACAAAGUUGUGAAAUAUGAGAGAAUCAAGUUCUUGGUGAUUGCCUUAAAGAAUGCUGUAGAGAUCUAUGCUUGGGCUCCUAAACCAUACCACAAGUUUAUGGCAUUUAAGUCUUUUGCAGAUCUCCAGCACAAGCCGUUGCUCGUGGAUCUCACUGUAGAGGAGGGUCAGAGACUCAAGGUUAUCUUUGGAUCACACACUGGUUUCCACGUGAUUGAUGUAGAUUCUGGGAACUCUUAUGAUAUCUACAUACCAUCUCACAUUCAGGGCAAUAUUACUCCUCACGCCAUUGUCAUCCUGCCCAAAACAGACGGGAUGGAGAUGCUUGUAUGCUAUGAGGAUGAAGGCGUCUACGUGAACACCUAUGGACGGAUAACUAAAGAUGUGGUGCUCCAGUGGGGAGAAAUGCCUACUUCUGUGGCCUACAUUCAUUCCAAUCAAAUAAUGGGCUGGGGAGAGAAAGCUAUUGAAAUCCGUUCAGUGGAGACGGGACAUUUGGAUGGAGUAUUUAUGCACAAACGAGCUCAAAGGUUAAAGUUUCUAUGUGAAAGAAAUGAUAAGGUAUUUUUUGCAUCGGUGAGAUCCGGAGGAAGCAGCCAGGUGUUUUUCAUGACCCUCAACAGAAACUCCAUGAUGAACUGGUAACAGAGAAGCACUUGGCACUCACCGCCAUGGCAUUAUUUCUAAUUUAAAGGACAUUAAACACGUGGACUAACACUGUAGAGGCAGGUGCGGAGGGCCCCGAGGAUCACCGCUCCCCACACUCCCCCGGUGCCAUCAGCCCCGGGGUGGGGGCUGUGGGCAGGGACGGACUUUCGCGCUUGGACCCCCGAGGUCUCCUGAUUACGCUGUGUUAUAGUGGGUUAUGAGUUUUCCUUUUCUUUUUUUUUUUUUAAUUUUACUUUUCCUUUGUCCCCUACUUUGUAAGAAUGGGGGAAAAAAGUGUCAAAAAGUCUGUUUUUAAUUCUGUCUGCCUGCUAGCAUCAAAUAUAUAGUAUGUUGUAAAGUUACCAAUUAAAUCUGGUGAGAGACAGCACAAUAAAUGUACCUUUUAUCUUUGUGAUGAAGGCCAUAACCGUAUAGCUGGGUAAUUUUAGAAAUCUUUUGCCUUCACCAACAUUUACAUGUUGCUUUUGGCAGCAACGGCUUAACGGAUUUUUAAAGAAGAGAAAAAAUAAUAGGUUUUUUUCCCCUCUUUUGGGAAAUGGAUUUUAAAUGGCUAAACUACUAGCCUUAGACUAAUAAAAAUCAGCUACCAUUUUUGUCAAGUCUGUCAAUCCAUAUUUCUAUAUGGAUCUUCACAUAAUGGUGUGUCUUGGUAGGGACAGAGGUGCCAUUUGUUGUUGCUCUGGAGGUGCCCGCCUGCCCCGGGGCUUGCUCACAGGUGCCAGGACGGGGGGAUGGAGGAGGUGAGCAUGGCGGAGCGGUCAGAGGAACCCCACACUCGCCCCCGAGGCGGGAUUUUGGGCCGCAGACGGCUCCCGGGGUGCCGCGGGCACUGGACCUCAAUGCCAAAGCCGGCACAAGCUGCAGGUGCUUGUCCUCCUGAGCCUGGAGCCGGGCGCUGGUGUGUGGAGGCAGCCGGCGCGGGGAUGGGCUGCCACAAAACGAACUGCCCGACCCCGUGUUGCUGGAUUGGGCUUGUAAAGAGCUUAGAAAAUAUAUGUAAGUGUGGUUUCUUUGGCCGAGGGUCUGAAUCUUUACUCGUUUUCCACCCCCUCCACUCCCUAGGAAUUACCCAACAUACAGUGAAAGACAACAUCUGUGCCGAACCGUGUGUGUGUGUUUAGUUCAGGUUGAAUCGUGUCCUUAUAAACUCUGCUCAGUUGAUUUCCAUUUUCGGUGCGUAUCUGGGGUUUUCUUUCUCAGUAGCUGCAAGCAUGGCCGCCUGUGGUGUUGGGGUGUCGCAUAACAAGGUCUGUGUUGCUGGUUUUAACCUACCUCGUUUCAGUUGGGGUUCGUUUUUUGGUUUGGUUUAUUUUAUUAUUUUCUUCUUCCGUUCCGCUGUCGAUCACAGCGCUGUUACCUCCAGCGACAUAUAGAGAGCUUAACUGGCAAUCUUGGUGUACUCAGUAACGAUGGCUUUAUUAAAAAAUGAUUAAAUCAA